GAAAAAAAAAAAAAAAAAAAACCAAGUGGAGAGAGAGAAGGUAGUUGUAAAACCGCUAAACUGCUUUGUGUUAGAGACCAGUCAAAUAAAUUAAAGCCCAGUUCCAUAGUCUUGUAUAUAAGUCAUAACCAUAAAAACCAUAUUCAUAUUAUAAGGUGAAACAUUGGAACUCAAAAAAUCACAAGCCAAAGGCAAGUACAGAAAGAAAAAAAAAAAACAUCAUUUGUACAAGAAGAAAGAGAGUAAUUAAAUCUGGUGAAUAAUCCUAAGUUAUGGAGUCUGUGGUGUGUGAGCUAGAAGGCACGCUUGUGAAGGACAAGGAUGCGUUCUCAUACUUCAUGUUGGUUGCGUUUGAAGCUUCAGGUUUGGUUCGUUUCGCCUUGUUGCUAACACUAUUGCCCGUGAUUCGGUUCCUUGACAUGGUUGGCAUGAACGAUGCAUCUCUCAAGCUAAUGAUCUUCGUGGCUGUGGCUGGUGUUCCAAAGUCCGAGAUUGAAUCAGUGGCUAGGGCAGUUUUGCCGAAGUUCUACAUGGAUGAUCUUGACAUGGACACAUGGAGGGUGUUCAGCAACUACGACAAGAGGGUCGUGGUGACCAAGACGCCAAAGAUUAUGGUAGAGAGGUUCGUGAAGGAGCAUCUACGUGCUGGUGAGGUCAUUGGGACCGAACUCUCCUUCAAUAGGUUUGGCUUUGCGACGGGUUUCGUCCUUGGUCACUCCAACAAUACCAUUUCUGAAAGGGUUGCCAACUUUUUCGACAAUGAAGCGCCAACUUUGGUUAUGGAUCAAUUAAAUCCACCGAAUUCGGCAAACCAAAACUUUAACCACCAGCUGCUCCGGCCACUUCCGGUGAUCUUCCACGACGGCCGCCUCGUGAAGCGGCCGACGCCAUCCACCUCCCUCCUAAUCCUCCUAUGGAUUCCUGUGGGCAUUGUACUAGCCAUAAUCCGCAUAGCCAUGGGCUCUAUUCUACCCUUUUGGGCCAUUCCACACAUCUCAAGGCUAUUCGGCGGCAAGGUCAUCGUAAAGGGAAAACCACCCCUCCCUCCCUCCGGCGGCAAUUCUGGUGUGCUCUACGUCUGCACCCACCGCACCCUAAUGGAUCCCGUCGUCCUCUCCUCCGUCCUCCGCCGCAAAAUCCCCGCCGUCACGUACUCCAUCUCACGCCUUUCAGAGAUCCUUUCCCCCAUCCCCACCGUGAGGCUCACAAGAUCACGCGACAUAGACGCCGAAAAAAUCAAACUUGAGCUAUCCAAAGGUGACCUAGUAGUGUGUCCCGAAGGAACAACAUGUCGUGAGCCUUUCCUUUUAAGGUUCAGUGGUCUUUUUGCUGAACUAACCGACCGGAUAGUGCCAGUGGCAAUGAACUAUAGGGUAGGGUUCUUCCAUGCAACCACCGCGAGGGGUUGGAAGGGUUUGGACCCCAUUUUCUUCUUCAUGAACCCUAGACCGGUGUACGAGGUUACUUUCCUUAACCAGUUGCCGGUUGAAGCUACGUGUUCUUCGGGGAAGAGUCCACACGACGUGGCUAACUAUGUCCAGAGAAUAUUGGCGGCUACGCUAGGGUUUGAGUGCACCAACUUUACGAGGAAGGAUAAGUAUAGGGUGCUUGCGGGGAAUGAUGGCACUGUGUCUCCUACUUAUUCUUUCUUUGAUCAGAUGGUGAAGGUGGUGAGAACGUUCAUACGGUGAAAAUAAAAUUGCAGCACUAGUUUGAAAGAUUGAUUAAUUAUUUUAUUUUGUUGAUUUGUAUAAUGGAUGCAUGGAUGCACCAGCUUGUGUAUUGAACAUCAUAAAUUUGUGUAUUUUAUAUAUACCUACCUGUAGAUUAAAAUAUAUGGAUUGUUUGGAAUUUGGUUGGUUCUGUCAA